AUGGAGCUCUUGUUUCUCUCCCUGCUCCUCCUAACAAUUCUCUUCCUCGCAUUCUCAGUUCACUUCUUCACCUUAAAAUACAAGCGUAUCAAUGGUGCUCACCUGCCUCCGGGAAGAUUAGGAUGGCCUGUCAUUGGUGAAAGUGUUGAAUUCUUCUCAAUGGGACGGAAAGGGUCGCCGGAGAAAUUCAUCACUGAUAGGAUGAACAAGUACUCGACUGAAAUCUUUAAGACUUCAUUGCUAGGGGAAUACUUCAUAGCCUUUUGUGGUCCUAUUGGGAAUAAGUUUCUCUUCUCCAAUGAGAACAAGCUUGUCGCUUCUUGGUGGCCACGCUCAGUUGAGAAGAUCUUCCCCUCUGCUCUCCAAACCUCUACUAUUGAGGAAUCCAAGAAACUGCGUAAGCUGCUCCCGGGUUUUUUAAAGCCCGAGGCGCUACAACAGUAUCUUGGAAUUAUGGAUUUGACUACCAGGAGACAUUUGGAAACUAAUUGGACUAAUAAAGAAGUGGUCAUGGUGUAUCCUCUGGUUAAGAGUUAUACCUUUUCAUUGGCUUGUAGAUUGUUCAUAAGCAUUGAAGAUCCUGAUCAUGUCGCAACAUUUGCCAAAUAUUUUCAUGUCUUAGCGACUGGGAUCAUAUCUAUGGCUAUUAAUUUCCCUGGGACACCCUUUAAUAGUGGGAUCAAAGCAGCAGAAAUUAUACGAGAAGCGUUGUUAAAGAUAAUCAAGAAGAGAAAGAAGGAUUUGUUGGAGAAUAUGAUUUCACCAACACAAGAUAUAUUGUCACAUAUGCUUACAAUGACCAAUGAGAGUGGGCAGUUCAUGAAAGAGAUGGAUAUUGCAGAUAAAAUUCUUGGGUUACUAAUUGGUGGUCAUGACACUACAAGUUCUGUCAUAACCUCCACCAUGAAAUAUCUUGCAGAGCUACCAAAAGUCUAUGAUGAGGUGUUGAAAGAGCAAAGAGAGAUUGCUGCAUCAAAAGAACCUGGAGAAUUGCUAAAUUGGGAAGAUAUUAAAAAGAUGAAGUACUCAUGGAAUGUAGCAUGUGAAGUAAUGAGACUUGUCCCACCCCUUCAGGGAGCUUUUAGAGAGGCUUUAAUUGACUUCACCUAUGCAGGAUUCUCCAUUCCAAAGGGAUGGAAGAUAUAUUGGAGUGGGAGUUCAACACACAAGAACCCCAAAUAUUUCCCAGAUCCUGAACAGUUUGAUCCUUCAAGGUUUGAAGGAAUUGGACCUGCUCCUUAUACAUAUGUUCCUUUUGGAGGUGGACCUCGAAUGUGCCCCGGCAAAGAGUACGCUCGAUUGGAGAUACUUGUUUUUAUGCACCAUGUGGUUAAUAUGUUCAAAUGGGAGAAAAUUAUCCCUGAUGAGAAGAUGAUUUUCAAUCCAAUUCCGGAGCCAGCAAAAGGACUUCCAGUUCGCCUCAAACCUAAUCACUAG